AUGCGCUAAUUAUAGCUGCUGUAGGUGUUCGCCUAGUACAUCACAGGGCGCCUCAAUACUGUAUUCCAUGCAGAGCAUCGCAAAGAAAUCCUUCAAUACAUAUAUUAUCAUCAGAAUGAAGAUGGUGGCUGGGGAUUGCAUAUCGAAGGUCAGAGCAGCAUGUUUUGUACUGCUCUUAGCUACAUUUGCAUGCGUAUUCUAGGAGAAGGACCCAAUGGUGGUCUAGAUAAAGCUUGUGCAGGAGCACGCAAAUGGAUUCUCGACCAUGGCGGUGUCACUCACAUGCCUUCACGGGGAAAGACAUGGCUUUUGAUACUAGGUAUCUUUGACUGGUCUGGAAACAACCCAAUGCCCCCAGAGUUUUGGAUCCUUCCUUCCUUCCUUCCCAUGCACCCAGGCGCUAUGCAUGCAUGCUUGCUUGUUGGGAGGAAGAUCCAAAUGGAAGCUGGUUUUGCUGUUCAAGCUUUACUUGCUAGCAAUCUCGUAGAUGAAAUUGGACCUGUACUUAAAAGAGGACAUGAUUUCAUAAAGAUAUCUCAGGUCAAAGAUAACCCUUCAGGUAAUUUUAAGAAAAUGCAUCGUCAUAUUUCCAAAGGAUCUUGGACUUUCUCUGAUCAAGAUCAUAGAUGGCAAGUUUCUGACUGCGCUGCAGAAGGCUUGAAGAGAAAAAAUGGAAUUCUAUCUGCUUGGGAACCAGCUGGAGCUUCAAGAUGGUUGGAAGACAUUGUCAUUGAGCACGAAUAUGUUGAGUGCACUUCAUCAGCAAUCCAAGCUUUAAUUUUGUUUAAGAAGUUAUACCCAGAGCAUAGGAAGAAGGAGAUUGAAAGUUUUAUUGCAAAUGCUGUACACUAUCUUGAGAAUGUGCAAAUGCCUGAUGGGUCAUGGUACGGAUGCUGGGGAGUCUGCUUCACAUAUGGUUCAUGGUUUGCACUUGUAGGACUAGCUGUUGCUGGCAAAACUUACAACAAUUGUCCAGCAAUGCAAAAAGGUGUUGAAUUUCUCCUCAAAACACAAAGGGAGAAUGGUGGAUGGGGAGAGAGCUAUAAAUCACGCCUUGAAAAGAAAUAUAUACCUUUGGAAGAAGGCAGAUCAAACUUCGUACAUACUGCAAGGGCUAUGAUGGUUUGAUUCACUGGAAUCUUCAAUAAGAACUGCAUGUUGCACUAUGCAGCAUAUAGGAACAUGUACCCACUCUAGGCACUUGCAGAGUAGCAUAUGCAGGUUCCAUUACCUUGAUGCCUUCGAGAUCAAGAACAGAAAGGAGAUAACUAGAUAUAGCUUCCUCGGUAUUUUACAUGGAGAUUGUUGUAUGUAUAAAUGCAAAUGCAUAUCUCUUCUAUCCUAUAAAGUGGAUUGGAGUUG